CGCUGCUGCCGCCGAGGAAGGGCAGGACGCAAGAUGGCGGACAAAACGCCAGGCGGCUCGCAGAAAUCCAGUUCAAAGGCCAGAUCAUCAGACACAGUACAUUCAUCUGGCUCUUCAGAUGCACAUAUGGAUGCAGCUGGACCCUCAGAUACAGAUAUGCCAAGUCGAACACGACCUAAGAGCCCAAGGAAGCACAAUUAUAGGACAGAAAGUUCCCGUGAGAACCUUUGUGAUUCUCCCCAUCAAAAUCUGUCAAGGCCACUUCUGGAAAACAAGCUCAAAGCUUUUAGCAUUGGGAAGAUGAGCGCAGCUAAAAGGACUUUGAGCAAGAAAGAGCAAGAAGAACUGAAGAAGAAGGAGGAUGAGAAGGCAGCUGCUGAGAUUUACGAAGAGUUCCUGGCUGCUUUUGAAGGCAGUGAUGGUAAUAAAGUGAAAACGUUUGUGAGAGGUGGUGUGGUUAACGCUGCUAAAGAAGAACAUGAAACAGAUGAAAAACGAGGCAAAAUCUACAAGCCAUCCUCACGAUUUGCAGAUCAAAAGAAUGCACCAAAUCAGUCCUCCAAUGAAAGACCACCAUCCCUUCUUGUGAUAGAAACCAAAAAACCUCCACUGAAGAAAGGGGAGAAAGAAAAGAAAAAGAGCAAUUUGGAACUCUUCAAAGAAGAACUAAAACAAAUUCAAGAAGAGCGUGAUGAAAGACAUAAAACAAAAGGCAGGCUAAGUCGUUUUGAACCCCCUCAGUCAGAUUCAGAUGGUCAGCGUCGUUCCAUGGACGCGCCUUCCCGAAGAAAUAGAUCAUCUGGUGUCCUUGAUGACUAUGCGCCUGGCUCGCAUGAUGUGGGGGAUCCAAGUACUACAAAUUUAUACCUUGGAAACAUUAAUCCACAGAUGAAUGAAGAAAUGUUAUGCCAGGAAUUUGGGAGGUUUGGACCAUUAGCCAGUGUCAAAAUUAUGUGGCCAAGAACAGAUGAGGAAAGAGCAAGAGAAAGGAAUUGUGGUUUUGUGGCCUUUAUGAAUAGAAGAGAUGCUGAGAGAGCUUUGAAAAAUCUAAAUGGAAAGAUGAUCAUGUCCUUUGAAAUGAAACUAGGGUGGGGCAAAGCUGUACCUAUUCCACCACAUCCAAUAUACAUUCCACCUUCUAUGAUGGAACACACUCUUCCUCCCCCACCAUCCGGCCUACCUUUCAAUGCUCAGCCUAGAGAGAGAUUAAAGAACCCCAAUGCUCCAAUGUUACCUCCACCUAAAAGCAAGGAGGAUUUUGAGAAGACUCUGUCGCAAGCCAUAGUCAAAGUGGUUAUCCCAACAGAAAGGAAUUUGCUCGCACUGAUACAUCGAAUGAUAGAGUUUGUUGUACGUGAAGGACCAAUGUUUGAAGCCAUGAUUAUGAAUAGAGAAAUCAACAAUCCAAUGUUCAGGUUUUUAUUUGAAAACCAGACUCCAGCCCAUGUUUACUAUAGAUGGAAGCUUUAUUCAAUUCUACAGGGAGAUGCUCCAACUAAGUGGAGAACAGAAGAUUUUCGUAUGUUCAAAAAUGGAUCUUUUUGGAGGCCACCACCAUUAAAUCCAUACCUGCAUGGGAUGUCAGAAGAGCAGGAAACUGAAGCUUUUGUUGAGGAACCUAGCAAGAAAGGAGCACUUAAAGAAGAGCAGAGAGAUAAAUUAGAAGAAAUCUUACGUGGAUUAACUCCUCGGAAAAAUGAUAUUGGUGAUGCAAUGGUUUUCUGUCUUAAUAAUGCUGAAGCUGCUGAAGAAAUAGUGGAUUGUAUUACUGAAUCAUUGUCCAUCUUGAAAACACCCCUGCCUAAAAAGAUUGCCAGAUUAUAUUUGGUUUCUGAUGUAUUGUAUAACUCUUCAGCAAAAGUUGCCAAUGCUUCAUAUUAUAGAAAAUUCUUUGAAACAAAGUUAUGUCAGAUAUUUUCAGACCUCAAUGCCACCUACCGUACAAUUCAAGGUCACCUACAAUCUGAAAACUUCAAGCAACGAGUAAUGACCUGCUUCAGAGCGUGGGAAGACUGGGCAAUUUAUCCAGAACCAUUUUUGAUCAAAUUACAAAAUAUAUUUUUGGGACUUGUAAAUAUCAUUGAAGAAAAAGAAACAGAGGAAGUACCAGAUGAUCUUGAUGGGGCUCCCAUUGAGGAAGAACUUGAUGGUGCACCUUUGGAAGAUGUAGAUGGAAUUCCUAUUGAUGCCACUCCCAUUGAUGAUCUUGAUGGAGUCCCCAUAAAAUCACUUGAUGAUGAUCUCGAUGGUGUGCCUUUGGAUGCCUCUGAAGACUCAAAAAAGAAUGAGCCCAUAUUUAAAGUUGCCCCAUCCAAAUGGGAAGCAGUAGAUGAAUCAGAAUUGGAAGCACAAGCGGUAACAACAUCUAAGUGGGAGUUAUUUGACCAGCAUGAAGAAUCAGAAGAAGAAGAAAAUCAAAAUCAAGAAGAAGAGAGUGAAGAUGAGGAAGACACUCAGAGCUCCAAAUCUGAAGAACAUCAUUUGUAUUCCAAUCCAAUCAAAGAAGAAAUGACAGAGUGCAAGUCCUCUGUUAAGUAUUCUGAAAUGAGUGAAGAAAAACGAGCUAAACUUCGAGAAAUUGAGCUCAAAGUGAUGAAGUUUCAGGAUGAAUUGGAAUCUGGGAAAAGACCGAAAAAACCAGGGCAGAGCUUUCAAGAACAAGUGGAGCACUACAGAGACAAGCUUCUUCAGAGAGAAAAGGAGAAGGAAUUGGAAAGAGAACGCGAGAGAGACAAGAAGGAUAAAGAGAAACUGGAAUCUCGAUCCAAAGACAAGAAAGAAAAGGAAGAAUGCACACCAACAAGAAAAGAAAGGAAAAGGCGACAUAGCACAUCGCCCAGUCCCUCUCGGAGCAGUAGUGGUAGGCGAGCAAAAUCCCCGUCACCAAAAUCGGAGCGAUCGGAACGAUCAGAAAGAUCUCACAAAGAGAGUUCCCGUUCCAGGUCAUCUCACAAAGAUUCUCCCAGAGAUGUUAGUAAAAAGGCCAAAAGAUAAAGAGAGCACAGUAAUGCACAGCUGGGCCAGUGGACGAAUGCGGUGAAAGAUGACAGCUGCCAGUCAAGGAGUGAGGCCAGUGAAUCCAAUGGACCUAUUCAGCAAAGAAGAGCCCUGUAGCUGAUUAAACUGCCUGCCCCUGUCUAACAGCUGGUGCUCAGCAAUGAGUGACUGGCGUGGCCCGGUCUGGCAACAGUCUAGCAGUAGCCCAGUAGCAUCUCUGCCCAGUGGUCAAACUAUCCACCCCAUCCAGCCCAGUAGCAGCUGAGCUCGGUGAAGAGCCAGGUCAGAAGCAGAGCCCAGCAUCGGAUUGAUUUUUCCAGACUUUCAAGGAGUUGGCCCAGCUGAGCAUAGGAGUAGCUUGUCCAUCACUACUACUGCCACAUCUCAAAGAAAACUUCAUGAAAAUCAUCCAGACAAGGAAUGGAUAUUGAGACCCUAUACUUCCAGAGUUGUAAGCUGCCUUGGCAAGUGUGUACCCUAUGUAUGUCUUAUUACUAUUGUACUUUUAAGUCUGUGACCACUUUCCUCUUCUUUGACCAUCUCUCUGUGUGUAUUGAUGGAAGAGUAUAGCCUUUGUUUAGAGGAAAAUGCUUUGUGACUACUGUUCUUCCUAUGCCAAUUGAGUAAAUUUCUUUGCUAAUGAA